AUGGCAACAAACGGAACGAAGGUGGCCGACGGGCAGAUCUCCACGGAGGUUGACGCUUCGAUCACCAAUGACAAGCCUAAAACUUUGGUAGUAAAAGUGCAGAAGAAGAAGACGGACCUUCCGGACCGAGAUACCUGGAAAGGAAAAUUUGACUUUCUUAUGUCCUGUGUAGGUUAUGCCAUUGGUUUAGGGAAUGUGUGGCGGUUUCCAUACCUCUGUGGCAAGAAUGGUGGAGGUGCAUUCCUGAUACCUUAUUUCCUAACUCUAAUUUUUGCUGGAGUGCCACUGUUUCUUUUGGAGUGUUCCCUUGGUCAGUACACAUCUAUAGGAGGCCUUGGAGUGUGGAAGCUUGCUCCAAUGUUCAAAGGUGUGGGACUAGCUGCUGCAGUCCUUUCCUUUUGGCUAAAUAUUUACUACAUUGUGAUUAUUUCAUGGGCCAUUUAUUACCUGUAUAAUUCCUUCACAACUACUCUUCCCUGGAAGCACUGUGAGAACCCAUGGAACACUGACCGCUGCUUCUCCAAUUAUACCUUAGCAAACACCACCAACAUGACAAGUGCUGUGGUUGAAUUCUGGGAACGCAACAUGCAUCAGAUGACUGAUGGAUUGGAAAAACCAGGGCAGAUCCGAUGGCCACUAGCAAUUACUCUGGCAAUUGCCUGGAUUCUGGUUUAUUUUUGUAUCUGGAAGGGGGUGGGCUGGACUGGAAAGGUGGUGUAUUUCUCUGCUACUUAUCCCUAUGUUAUGCUGCUUAUCUUGUUCUUCCGUGGUGUUACACUGCCUGGAGCAAAGGAAGGCAUUUUAUUCUAUAUAACUCCCAACUUCAGUAAGCUUUCAGACUCUGAGGUUUGGCUGGAUGCUGCCACACAGAUUUUCUUCUCCUAUGGUUUGGGUCUUGGUUCACUUAUUGCCCUUGGAAGUUACAACCCUUUCCACAAUAAUGUUUACAGGGACUCCAUCAUAGUGUGCUGCAUAAACUCAUGCACAAGCAUGUUUGCAGGCUUUGUCAUCUUCUCCAUUGUUGGAUUCAUGGCUAAUGUCACAAAGAGGCCCAUUGCAGAUGUUGCAGCAUCAGGUCCUGGACUGGCAUUUCUAGCUUAUCCAGAAGCAGUGACACAGUUACCAAUUUCUCCUUUGUGGGCAAUACUGUUCUUCUCCAUGCUGCUAAUGCUUGGAAUUGACAGUCAGUUCUGCACUGUCGAAGGAUUCAUAACAGCUUUGGUGGAUGAAUUUCCAAAGUUACUGCGCAAUCGAAGGGAAAUCUUCAUUGCUGUUGUGUGUAUUGUUUCCUAUCUGAUAGGGCUGUCCAACAUUACUCAGGGUGGAAUCUAUGUGUUUAAGCUUUUUGACUACUACUCUGCCAGUGGGAUGAGUCUCUUGUUCCUUGUAUUCUUUGAGUGCAUCUCCAUAUCCUGGUGCUAUGGUGUUAAUAGAUUUUAUGACAACAUCCAAGAGAUGGUGGGAUACAGACCCUGCAUCUGGUGGAAGCUCUGCUGGUCAUUUUUUACUCCAAUCAUUGUGGCAGGAGUGUUUAUCUUCAGUGCUGUCCAAAUGACUCCUCUCACAAUGGGAAGUUAUGUUUUCCCAAAAUGGGGCCAAGGAGUUGGCUGGUUCAUGGCUUUGUCUUCUAUGGUGCUGAUACCAGGCUAUAUGGCAUAUAUGUUUCUUACCCUGAAAGGCUCCUUGAAACAGCGCAUCCAAGUAAUGAUUCAGCCCAGUGAAGACAUCAGUCAUCCUGAAAAUGGGCCAGAUCAGGCCCAACAGAGCAACUCCGCAAACAAAGAAGCCUACAUCUAA